AUGGCGAGCAACGCUAACGACGACAACAACAACACCGGUAACGGCGCGGAUAAGGACGCUCCAGGAUCAGGCACAACGACCGCGCCGACAACGAUGGCGACGACCGAAACCCAUGAGGAGAUGCGAUACAUGAUAGCUGCGUUGAUGAAAAAGAUCGACGACCAAGACAAAAGAAACGAGGCGAUUACGGCGAGGCUCGACGCGAUGGCAGCAGAGCGACAGCAUCCGACUUGGAGAGCCGGAGUCAACGACCCGAUGGAUGGAAUUCGGAGACGCUUCGACUUCUCGACGCCCGCCGAAGCCUCAGGGAGUGGUGCAAGAAACUCCUCUUUUCUUCGUCCCCUCGACGAACGCACUCCUGCAGCAACCCGAGUCAACAUGACCGAGCCACCUCCACUACGCCGCAACUCCAGUGAAGAAGAACUCGCCUCGGCACUGAACGGCAUCCGGACUGACGAAGUCUCCGAUCCAGCCCGAGGCGAUAACCCAACCGAAGCGGACGAAAAUCCCCAAUGGAACGAGCAGGAAGAGCGCGAAGACGAGCCGAGGCGAGAGGAGCGAGAGCGACUCCCCCAAUCAAAGGGAAUGACUCACGCACAAACCCUCGAGCUUAAAGAGCUGCGAGCCUCUAUGGCUCGAACGGUAGCUGAAAUACGCGCUAUGAAAUCCCAAGUGCACAACGCGACAAGUGCCGCACCCGAAAUCGACCGAAUGCUCGAAGAAACCCAAAGAACCCCGUUCACCGCAAGGAUCACGGAAGCCAGGAUUCCCGAGCCGGAGAAGGUGAGAAUUCCGUUCUACGAAGGAACAACUGACCCAAAAGCACACAUCACAGCGUUUCGAAUAGCGAUGGGGCGAGCCUUCACAAAGAACGCCGCUAAACUCACCAAGCGCGAAGUGGAUGCCGGAUACUGUCUGCUCUUCGUGGAGCAUCUCAAGGGAGCCGCACUCGAGUGGUUCUCAAGGCAGGAACGAAAUUCAAUCGGCAGUUUUCAACAGCUCUCCGCCUUGUUCCUUAAGCAAUACUCGAUGUUUAUGGACAGAGGAACAUCUGAUGCCGACAAGUGGACACUAUCUCAAGGACCGAACGAACCGCUUCGUGAGUACAUGGCGCGAUUCAAGGCAGUCGUAUCCAAAAUAGAAGGGAUAAGCUACAAAGCUGCACUCGAGGCUCUGAAACGAUCCUUGUGGUACAAAUCCGAAUUCCGCCGCGAGAUGGCUCUCAAUACGCCACAAACAAUUCAAGACGCGUUGCACCGAUCAUCAGACUUCGUCGUAAACGAGGAGGAAAUGAAAAACUUGGACGAGCAGUACGAAGCCACGAAAGCAGCGAUCCGAAGCUCAAUUUUGCCGCGCCCAACCAAGAGGGGCAAUCCAUCAGGCAACGCAACAACGCAGAGUUCAGAAGAACCUAGGAGCGGAGGUGCCCAUAACUACCAGGUCAGCUCCGGACGCGGAAGAGGAGAGCCGCGCAACAAUACUUGGGUGAGAAAGUCAGCCAACUACGACGAGAAGGCUUUCUGCGAGUAUCACCAGACCUACGGACACUCAACGGCUCAAUGCCGGACUCUAGGAGCAAAGCUCGCAGCAAAAAUGGCAGCAGGAGAGCUCCAAAACGCGGUCACCCUUAAAGACCUCGUCCCCAACGAGCAACAGGAAAAAGCCGAGCCGAAUGGUGCGGCGGAACCAGCGAAUCCUCCCCGACGAGGCGAUAACCCCAAGCGCGACAGGCGAGGCGAACCUGAAGAGCGACCCGAGCCGAGGCAAAGGAUCAAUAUGAUCAUGGGUGGAUCCCAGUACUAUCAAGAUACCGUUUCCUCAAUCAAGGCCUAUCAGCGCCGAGCCGAAGCAAAGGAGAAUUGGACAAAGCCGACUGACAUUCCAAACACGGUGAUCUCUUUUGCCGAGGAGGAAACAGCAGGAAUCGACCGACCUCACAACGAUCCGUUAGUGGUCGAGCUAACGAUCAGGGAUCAUGACGUAGCAAGGGUGCUCAUCGAUACUGGAAGCUCGGUGAAUGUCAUCUUCAGGGAAACGCUCAGAAGAAUGGGAAUCGACCUCUCCGAGGUGGAGGCAAUCCCCAAACCUCUAACCGGAUUUUCGGGAGAAACGACGAUGACUAUGGGAACGAACAGGCUUCCUGUGGUAGCCGGCGGAGUCACCAAGAUCGUCGAGUUUUGCGUCACUGACCUCCCAGCCAUCUAUAAUGUCAUCAUGGGAACCCCUUGGAUCAACGGGAUGAGGGCGGUACCUUCCACCUAUCAUCUUUGUCUCAAAUUCCCAACUCCAUCAGGUGUCAAAACGAUAUGGGGAAAUCAGAAGGAAUCAAGAAAUUGCUUCCUAACCGAGCACAAACUAAGGAACCCCGUGACCGACGCACGAGCUGACAUAGACCGCAAAAAGAUGAAGAUAGACAGAGAGCCCGCGAACGAGCUCUCCAAACUCUUAUAG